ACUUCCUCUCGGGACUACUUUCAUACCUUCACCUCCACUUCCACUUUGUUUUUUCAAAAAUAGAAAAAAGAUCAAGAAGCUUUCUACUAGUGUCACCCAAGAUGCCUGAAAAAGCUUUACAGAUUCAACCAAUUACUAAUUCUAGCACUACUACAACACCCACUUCUGGAACAUCACCAACUUCAGGCUCGCCAAUGGCCACUCCUCUAACUAGAACUCCUUGUAGAAAAGCACUUCACAGACUCACGGCCUUUACCCGCUCUUUGAGCUGGAGGAGGAAGAAGGCACCACGUGGACGCAGAAAUAUGUGCCGAGCUGACCAACAGGCCGAUGACUUCCAGCAAGCAGGCUCUCACUGUCUCACGUCUUACUACAGUGUCUUUGUCGUUCGCCUUGCUAUCAUGAUAAUGCUGGCUAUUUUGAUUGGAAUGUUAACUGUUCUAACAUGGCAUUUCACUAAAGUUUACACUACCAAAUCUCUCGACACUUUGGCUUAUGGGCUCCGUUAUGAGCUUCUCCAGCGUCCCAUUUUGCGUAUGUGGAACAUAUUGAACUCAACGUCUGAGAUAACCAUGGCCCAAGUCAAGCUUUCUGAGUAUGUCUUGAGAAAAUACAGUAAUUCUGUAACUCAGGCGAAUCCUACCUCUCAGGCACAGCUAGUUGAGCUCUAUGAAACGAUGAAGGCUGUGACAUGGUCACUGUUUCAAAGCCGCAAAGCACUUAAUGCCAUUACCAUAAACUAUAGAAAUGGUUUUGUUCAGGCGUUCCAUCGAGAUCACAGAAGUAACAGAACAUUCUACAUUUACUCUGAUCUCUCAAACUAUUCAAUCAGUGCUGGUGGGCUAUGUGAUUCCAACAAGUACUCAAGUCAAGGUUGGAAUGAUCAAUCCAUAAAAGGCAACAUUUCUGCCAUUUGGUAUCGUGAACCACUUGAUCCCAACACGGGGAACAAGAUUGGGAAAGCAAGGCCUAUCCCUCCCGACGAUCUUAUCAACAUUGCAGGUCUUUCACAGGUGCCUGAUGGCGCUGCUUCGUGGCAUGUUGCAGUUAGUAAGUUCACUGAUUCACCGCUGCUUUCAGCAGCACUACCAGUUUUUGGCCCUUCCAAUCAAAGUAUUGUGGCUGUGGUGGGAGUCACCACAGCUCUUUCCAGUGUAGGCCAGCUUAUGAAAGAGCUAGUAGAAGUGCACAGUGGGCAUAUAUAUUUAACUUCCCAGGAAGGUUACUUGCUAGCCACGUCAACUAAUGCCCCAUUGUUAUCAAAUACAUCAACAAAGCCAGAGCUUGUGAUGGCUGUUGAUUCUCAAGACGAUGUGAUAAGAAAAGGAGCAAGGUGGCUGCAGACGAUUUAUGGAAACAAGUUUCCUUCUGGCCAAGUUGUUCACAUUGAGCAUGCUAAACUGGGAAAGGAAGAUUUCUACAUCGACUCCUUCUUUCUGAACUUGAAGAGGCUGCCCAUUGUGGGUGUCAUAAUUAUACCAAGGGAAUACAUAAUGGGGAAGGCUGAUCAGAGAGCUUUCAAAACUCUGAUUAUUUUGAUAUCUGCAUCAGUAUGUAUUCUCAUCAUAGGUUGCUUAUGCAUUUUGAUAUUGACAAAUGGAGUCUCCAAGGAGAUGAAGUUAAGGGCUGAAUUAAUCAGUCAUUUGGAAGCAAGAAGAAGGGCUGAGGCUUCCAACAACUACAAGAGCCAGUUCCUGGCAAACAUGAGUCAUGAACUUAGAACACCAAUGGCAGCAAUUAUUGGGCUCCUUGACAUCUUGAUAACUGAUUCAAGCCUUGCCAGUGAACACUACGCUUCUCUGACUCAAAUAAGGAAAUGUUCCUUAGCACUACUGAGGCUGCUGAACAAUAUAUUGGACCUGAGCAAGGUGGAAGCAGGAAAGCUGGUCUUGGAAGAGGCUGAUUUCAACUUGGGCCAGGAACUAGAAGGAAUUGUCGACAUGCACUCUGUGCAGUGUAUAAACCAGGAUGUGGAGUUAGUUUUAGAUCUCUCUGAUGAUAUGCCAGAGACAUUUCGAGGGGACUCUGCUAGAUUUGUUCAGAUAUUUUCAAAUCUUAUGAGCAAUUCUAUCAAGUUCACAAAAUCUGGUUAUGUUAUUGUCCGCGGAUGGUGUGAGACCUGGAGUUCUUUUGAAGAUUCCGGGAAGUCCCUACUUGAGCAGAAAAAAUCAUGGUGUGCUCUUAAAUCCAAGUUCAAGCAGCAGGCUAUUCAGGCGAAGAAGACCUGCAAAAAGGAAAACAAGAUGAUUCUUUGGUUUGAAAUUGAAGACACAGGCUGUGGAAUUGAUCCAUCCAAAUGGGAAACUGUAUUUGAAAGUUUUGAACAAGCUGAUGCCUCAACCACUAGAAAGCAUGGUGGAACUGGUCUUGGACUAAGCAUUGUGCGAACACUGGUGAGGAAGAUGGGGGGAGAAGUGAAAGUUGUUAAGAAAGACACUCCAGGAACUUUGAUGCGAUUAUACUUACUUCUCAAUACACCUUCAAAUGGCAGCGAGCAAAGCUGCCAAGUUGAGUUUUCGAAGCCUACUGUGGUGGUACUUGCUUUAGGCAGUAGAGUGGGAAGAGGGAUUAUGUCCCAAUGGCUGUGCAGGAACAAAGUGUCCACCAUAGAAGCAAGUGACUGGAAGCAGCUGACACUUAUUCUUUCGGAAUUCUUUAAUCCAACAAAUGAGAGCAAUGGCUGGGAGGAGCAGCCUUCGCUAAGUCAAGCGGAGAAAAAAGAAAUAUUGAACAUAAAAGCCAUGAAGGAUCAGGUUUUCAUCAUUGUGGUAGAUGUAGGACUUCUGGAUUUCAAGUCAGGUAUAUGGUUGAGUCAACUUGACCAACUGGAUCAGUUCACCAGGAAAGCAAAGUUUGCCUGGACUCUAAGCCAUAACAGCUCUAGUAUGGUGAAAGCAGAGCUUAGAAAGAGAGGGCAUGUAAUUGUGGUUAACAAACCACUCUACAAGACAAAGAUGAUCCAAAUCUUGGAAGCUGCUUUACAAGGGAGAACUCUGGAGAUUGAUAGUUGUUCACCUGACAAGGGAGCUUCAAAAAGUAAAACUCUUGUUGAUUGUGACAUUGCAGAUGCUCUGGUCCCUUUGAGUCUUGGAGACAAAAUAGAGAGACUCAUUAAUCCAAGACCAACGCAACAUCAUACAUUCAUGAAACACCCUUUUGAGUUCACCGAUCAACAUCCAGAACCAACUAAUUCAAGCACAGAUUCAGAACAUCAAUCUGAAAGCAGCCUAGAAUCACUUGACAAUUCAAAAGGGAAGGAAAUAGCUUCCACUUCUGAGGAAAGUCCAAAAUCCCAGAAGCAAAAACUGGUUAGCAGUCCUCCUAAAGACAAAUGUAGCUCAUCAUCAAGCGGGUCUGAUGAAGAAAAACUUCGUGGACUGCAUAUACUAGUUGUGGAAGACACAUUGCUACUCCAAAUGGUAGCAGUGAAAAUUUUGCUUAAGGCCGGGGCAAAGGUUAACGCUGUGUCAGAUGGAUUGCAAGCAGUAGAAGCAAUGACAAGCAUGAUCAAUUCACUGGUGAGAAGGAAUGAAGCUCUCAAGAAAGGUUUAGAACCAGAGCCAUUAAAGAAUCCUCCAUAUGACCUGAUACUAAUGGAUUGCCAGAUGCCAGUGAUGGAUGGAUAUGAAGCUACGAAAGAAAUAAGGAAAAUGGAAGAGGGAACUGGGCUGCACAUCCAAAUUAUUGCUCAAACAGCACAUGCAAUGUCAACAGACCGAGACAAAUGCUUGGAAGUGGGGAUGGAUGGCUAUCUAACAAAACCUCUUCAGGACAAGAUAACGGUUGAGAGCAUCAUGAAGCAUCUGGGCAUGAGCACAGAUUAACUUUUGAUGGCCAUGGGAAGCACAAAGCUAACAAGUAACAAGGAGUAGAAGAAGAAGACCACGUUAGUCGUUGAACAGAAAUGAACAUUGAGUAUUUAGGAUCAAGAAUAAUCAUAUAUACAAAUGUUUGAUAUCUGAAUAUGGAAUUUGAUGUAUCAAUUUAGA